AUGAAAAGAUAUAUUAAUUCCAUUACGCUUAUUGAAUGUGCAUUUGAUGUUUUGAAACUUUAUCGCGAAGCAAAUUUAACAUUUGAUAUGAGAGCAACUGCAAAUGAACAGUUUAUGAAAAGCGUUGAAAGGUUGAUUAAAGAAAACUAUGGUAAAAAAAUUAAUAACUCGACAAUAACAUCAGUAACAACAAUUACCACAUCAACACAUUUAAAUCCACAAAAGAACGACUGCUUGAUUGUAAAUUUAGCUAUAGUUGAAAGUGCAACCUAUUUGAUUGAAAUGAAUUUAAAACAAUACACAACUUUAUUUAAUUGUGAAAGCAGAUCAUCAGCACCAUUACAAUCAACAGUAACAACUACUCAAUUAGUAUCAUCAUCGACCUCACUAACUCCAGCAAUAGGAGAUAAUACAUUACAACAAGUUUAUCGUGCUAUUUUACAAUUUUCUUCGAUUGCAUUUACAAAAACUAAUUUAUAUGAAAAUUCGUUUCUGAAAAGAAACAAUAAAUUGAUUGGUCUUGCUCUGGCUCAUCUUGCUGAUAUUGAAAAACUGUUAUUACAUUAUUCAAGUGGGGGAUUUAAUGGUUUUACAUCUGUGAAGAUUUAUGUUAAAAUGUUGGCAAUCAGAGAAACAGCAGCAGAAAUUAUUGAUUACGAUACAAAAUUGAAUAAAUAUGGUUUAGACUAUGACCGUUUUAAAAAGUCAUGUAGUAUGUUAACAUUUUUUCGUGAUAAUAACAAAAUGAAACUUAAACUAGACGCAUAUAGACAAAUAACAAGUAGUGUAUACGCUACAGUCUUACAACAGGAUACUCUAGAAUUUUUAUAUACACCACCGGACUUAACUGAACCAAAAUCAAAACUUACAACAAAUAACGACCAUGAUGAUCAAAGUGUUUUAUUAGCAACAGUACGUACGCAACCCGAUCCACGCUUACAAUCACAAACGACCACUUUGCUAUUACUGGCAGCACCACAAUCCACAGUGAUACCACGUCAACAACCCGAUACAUUACUAAUCUCACAACCGCCAAAUGCUGCUACCGAUGGAACGAUGUUACAAGAUGCUCCUACAGAUGAAGAUGAUUUUAUUGACAGUAGCGUUCUCCCAUUAACAGCUUUAAAUGGAAAACAAAGUUUCAAUGUUUCAAUGACAGGUCUUUCUAAAGAUGACGAAACUUGGUGCAUGUCAAUUGAAUCUAAAGAUGGUAAGACCGAAAGUAAUGUCAAUGAUCACACAAUGCAAGGGUUAUCAACAAUUUUAUCCAAUGUAGCUACUCACGUUAGUCAAGAUGAUGGUAUAUCUUCACGAACACGACAUAAACAGUAUCGAAGAAAAUAAAAAUUUCUAUAGCAUGUGUGGCCGAUGAAUAACAUACGUUUUUAACAGUAAUAUCAGUACAUUUUUUUCUAAAUAUCUGCAAUCAUCCACAUAUUUGUGCGUUUUUCAGAAACCACUUAUUUUUCUUCGAAAAAGUGUUGCUGUUUCGUUUUUUUAUAAUAUUUUUUCUGCCAUGUUGUUAAAAGUUAGAAUUCGAAAUAAAAGUAAAGAAUCGUGUUAAUGUUUUGUUUUUUAUUGGUACAGGUAGCAAAACCGGUUUGACCAAAACCCAUGCUUAACAGACAAAGCGAGAUACGUCUGAUCUGCUUUCUUUGUUCAGUUCUUGUAGAUGGCUACAUCUGAAAGCAUGAACUCUGAUGAUAGUUACACAAAUGAUAUGUUAGAUCUGAUAGUAAGUUUAUUAAAAUAUAUGAAACUCGAACACGUUUAUACAGUUGGUGAAUUAGAUAGAGUGUUGCCAAUUGAAUUGAAUGACAAAAAUAAUCAUAUCACUACCAUCAUAAAUCAACAUUAUCAAACCAAUUAUAAGGCCCAAGAUGUUUCACUUGUUUUAUCUUUAUUGAAAAGUUCGUGUUUACCAAAAUUAAGUUCAACAAUGUUUAUUUUGUUGUCCAAAUUAAAGAAACUUCAAAAGACGAAUUUUUCAAGAAAUUCAAUUUUUCCACUGUGACCAUAGUAAAAUAAAAACUUUCUAGUACGUUUAUUUCUAUCUCGUUUUUGCUUGUAGAAAGAUGCGUACAGGUCUUGGCUAUCGAAUACUGG